GCUAGCUCAAUCUCCCACAUUGAAACUUCUCCAGCAGCCACUGGAUAGUCUGCAUCAUGAGUCGCAAUUGGAUUCCGGCCCUUAUGGCCAUUGGCAUGGGUGUCUGGACUGGAUACUAUACCUUCCAGCCUGCGUUGCGAGAAUUGCAGUCGGAGAAGACGGGUUCUCAGAUUCCGCCGUCGCAAGACCAAAAGAUCGCUCCCACUCCCACGCCCAGUUCAGACAAGGAUUCGAACAAGCCGGUGACCCAACCCAGCGAAGCGAAGGCCCCCGAGGCUCAAAAAAGCUAGUUUACAACUGAACAAGUCGCUUGAAAUGCAUACAUUGAGACGCCGCUGGUCGGUGAUAUAUAGCCAGAAUAAUGACCGCAUUGAUCCUUUUGCGAGUUCAUGACUGUAUGGAAUAGAGGAUAAAGUCAUAAAUGGAGCCUGCACUGACUUCUCAGUAAGUGUUAGCAAUGACUGGGACAUUUUGUCUUGCGUAGGCUACCGAAAACAUGGACUGCAGUG